CGGGGCCGGGCAGAGCCCUCCCGGCGGGGCCAUGAGGGCCGAGCUGCCCGGCUGGGUCCCGGGAACCGCGGCUGCGCUGCUGGAGGAGGCGGCGGAUCUGCUGGUGCUGCACCGCGACUUCGCCGCCGCCCUGGAGCGCUGCGAGGCGGGCUGCGACAGCCUGGGCCCCGGCCCCGAACCCGGCCCCGAACCCGGCCCCGAGAGUUUUGCAGAAGUGAAAUGCUCCCUUUGUGUUGUGGGGAUUCAGGCGCUGGCCGAGAUGAACAAGUGGAGAGAAGUUCUGUCUUGGGUCCUACAGUAUUACCAUGAACCUGAACAUCUGCCUCCAAAAGUUCUGGAGUUGUGCAUCCUGUUGUACAGCCAAGUGCGGGAGCCGCAGGUGAUGCUGGAGGUGGGCAGCAGCUGGCUGAGAGCCCAGGCCAACCAGAGGCUGCCUGAGUUCGGGUCGCUGCUGGAGCUGUACCUGGCGCAGGUGCUGCUGCCCCUGGGGUGCUUCGAGGGCGCGGAGGAGCUGGUGCGGGGCUGUGCCGUGUUCAGCAGUGAGCAGCAGCUGGAGUUCCUCAGCACCAUCCUGGAGAGCCGCUCUCGGUGGGCUCAGCGGGAAGAGACAUGCUCAGCUGCUGAGGAGCAGCAAGGCCCAGCCACAGAAACCGUUCUGGGAGUGCUGUCCCAAAAGCUGCUGACCAUGUUGACUUUGCUACGUAGAGCACUGAGGUCCAUGUCAAACCACUUCUGUUUACUUCCUUACAAGAAGAUGCUCUUGGCUACUUUUUUGCUGUACCUGGUGGUGGUGAGAUUAGACCCAGCUUCUCCCACAGCACUGCCAUUCAUUUACAAACUGGUCCAGCUCUUCAGACAGGCUUGGGCAGCUGUGCUUUCUCCAAUCCACAGGCCUCCAGUUCGAGACUAAGUAUCUUCCUCCACUGAAAGUGUCACCUUGUUUUGGGAAUGUUGAAAUCUGCCAUGAUCACCUGUGGACUCCUGGAAUUUCUUCAGACAGGGAAUGGUGGUAUUUUGAAUAUGAAUUUUGAAGCCAUAUUCCUGACAUUUUGCUUGGUCCUGUCCAACACUAGGGUAAAGCCACUCCUUCCAUAUCUGCAACUGAAAAAGAAUCCUCCUUUUCAAACACUUUGCUUUGGAUGUGUCUCUUGAGUGAGGGUUGUGUAGCCAGUUAUGAACUGUGGAAGAAGUUCUCAUCCUUGCAAAUGCUGAGUAGUUCUCUGAACAAUGCAACAGUGUUCCUGGAGCCAUGACUGUAAGAGGCAACGGAGUACCAGUGGUUAGAGGAAUAUUCUGUUUUGCCUGAAGACAUCUGAAAAGACCAGUUCCUGCAUGAUGGGAUUUAGGACAAGCACGUAGAAGAAAAGCACUGGAGAAAGUAAAGCCUAUUGCAUUUUGAAAGCCAUGGUUUCUCUUGUGACUGAUGCCUCUUUGGACAGGCACACUGGAUUUUAAUCAUAUUUAAGCCAGAAAGAUGCGGUGGUGGGGCACAAAGACUCUUGUGCUGUAUCUGCUCUUCUUAAAUGCACUUUACACUAAGUGCUUGCCUGAUGCAUAGUCAUUCUUAGAUGCACUUGGUAGGGGUGGUGGUGGUAAGGAAAUAGACUUAUUUUUAAAAUUAUAUUCUAUGUUACUGUCUUCAGUCGAGUAACUGAAAUUGUCGCUUUGUUUUACUCUUUCCCUACCUCUUGCUUUAUUUAUGGAGAUAUCAAAAAGUCUCUCUGUAUAUCUAGAACUGCUCCCCAAGUCCCCAGUAUCCAAAGUCCUGGGUUAGAUGGGAGUCGUUUAGCAAUGCUCUGUCGUUCAGAACAGAAGAUUAUUUUUUAUAGAAAGAGAUACUUCUCUGUCAUCACAAGACCUCCCUCAGAUCAGUGGCAAGAAAAUUGUUCAUCUGCAGAUCUGUCACCAGACCAACUCCAAUUCUGACCAUUUGGGACAGAAAUUGGAGAUUUGGGGUAGAAUAUUAAUUUCUCCUGCAUCCAUUCAUCCAUCUGUCAUCAGUUGACAAAGGGUAAAUUCCAAGGAGGGAGCACUGACCUAACAAAACAAUUGCUUUCAAACUGCUGUGUGCUGGAGGGGACAAAUUAAUGGUGAGAGGGACAAACUGGCCUCUUGUCAUGCCAGCACCUGUGCCAAAAGGGUGUAACUCACUGAUGUCAGACGAAACUAUAAAAUGUUGUCAGAACAGCCUUUUUGGUGGGACCACACUAAAAGAGAGAAGUAGCUGGUGUAGAUCCCAGUGGUGAAUUUAUAUUGUUCUUAAUUCAUCAUGAGGGAGGAAGAAGGCAGAAAUAAGUUAUCAAGGUUUUUUGCAAUUAAUACUAAAACUGCAGUAUCUAAUUUUUAUAAUAAAGUAACUACUGAUUUACCUCUUUGUAGAGUUGCUUGUUUGUGCUGUGAUUGAUAUAUUACAAAAAAGGUGUUUAUUGUAUCGAUACACUUAUUACAAAGUGUAUCAAUGUUUUCCAGAAUUGUUUGACAUGUUUCAUAGUUUCAGCAUAUUUAAUAAGUAGAGCAUGUCUUCUGUAUGACUCUGAUGAGAUCUAAUCUACUGAUGAUGUUGGUAGGCUGUAAGUCUGCAUUUUGGGAUGGUCAAGACCAAUACUACCAAGAAUAAAGUACCUGGUAUUCGUCAUUA